AUGGCGCCUGAACCCACGCCUGAGGAUGUGGACAACUUCCUUGAGUUCUCGGGCCUUGACCCCGCCAGAGACCGUAAUAUCGUCAUUACGGCACUCAAGAGCAACAGCAAUCGGGAUGAGCUUGCGUCAGAGGUCUUGAUAGAUGGAGUCGACGUGUUCCGGAGGAAAUACACAUGGGACGACACAGCAUUCGGAGCCAGUCGUGACGGGGAGCCGAACCACACGGGUAUAGCUUUCAACAUCGAGGCCCCCGACAAUGCCGUCAUACAAGGCGUUACGCCUCCACCCGACAACGGCUUCUACGGGCCUUCAGCAGGUGCUCCCUCACGACCUCCAUCGAGAACAAACAACCGAUCGCCGCUUGGAGCUCCCAGUACUGCUGCGCAAGAAGAGGACGAUUACAACAGGGCCAUUCGAGACUCCCAGCGGGAUGCAGACUACAUACCUCAGGAAGCCGGCGUCACGGGCGGAAGCGCCGGCGCCCCGCACUUUGGACCUGCCAACAGGUCUGACUACGACUCGAAUAGCUGGGCUAUGGUGACGACGGCAACGAGCUCGUACCAAACGACAGUCGAUGACGACCCCGCCCCUUCUGCGAGGAAGCGAGAAGAUGACGCCCCGGCGUUUCUUGUGCAGAGAACCACGGCACGCACAUCUAAGCACCAUCUGGAUUCCGUGUUGACAAUUCUGCAUGAGAUUCCGCUUGCACGCAAUAUCUUACUGCAGGGUGGUGAACAAGCUGCCAGCUAUGGCCACAACAGCGAAUGGUGGAAAGGUCAACCGAUUUACGCCCCUCACGUCCUGGCCGCCAUGAACCAAGGCGACCUCCAGUGGGCUGACGACACGAAGCCGGACUUUCAUGAGGAGAUUCAUCGUCUAAUGGCUUUUUUGGACCUGACUGAGAGAAGCUACGGUUCUGUCGAUUCCAUGGCUGAUCUGGUUCCCAAAACCAACUUCGCUACCGAGAGACAGUUCUUUGACACGCUCGUCGAGAAGACCGAUGCCGAUGUCAUCAAACCCCUGACGCACCUAGCAUGCCCCAUGUCUACAGAUACCUUGGAGAGGACUCAGGACCCACACAGAUUUGCGUUUUUGAACUUUGAGUUGACGAAGAGUCAAUAUGAAAAGACGACGUCUCUGUACGAAGCUUGGAACUGGAUCGUGUGGCACGAUGUCAUGACGUGGCUGGAGCUCAAUGCGGAUACCGGAAUGGUUGUUCUCGACGACAUGGGCGAGGUCAUGACAGUUGUUAUCGAUGGCGAUGGCACGCCCGAUAAGCUUGACAUUCCCGAAGUGUGGUAUCCAGAGCGCUAUCUAGAGAGCCGGAAGGAAGAGGCAAAGGUCUGCCAGGAACACCUUGCGUGGGUGCAUAGAAUGCUCUACGAGGCCGAAUCCAAGGAGUUCGAGCUCACUAAGUGGAUUGAUCCGAAGACCGACAAGGUCCACAACAAAGAGGAAAUGCUGGAGAAGACAAUCAAGGAGUAUGAGAGCCACGUCAACUAUCUGGACGGCCUGGGACGGUUCAGAGAGCUGCGAAAGUCAGACGACGAUGAGCAAGGUACCCUUCGUCUAGAAGACGUGCCGUGUGUCUUGUCUGAAGGCGAGGAGGAGCUUUUCAAGAGCUCGCAAAAGGUGCUCCAGAGAUGCAAGUGGCAGCUUGCUCAAGUCAGAGAAAAGCAACAGAAACUCAAGUGGGAACGUGAGAGGCUUGAGGAAAGGAAGCAGUAUCUCAACACUAUACUGACUGACCCCGACAAGCCAGGCUUGAGCAAGCCGUUCACUGGCAAGAAGUACCUCUUGAGGGGAAUAGCAACGCAGCAAAACGUGACAUAUGUCUGCAAGCGAGCCGAGCCGACCCUCAUUGACAUUGAUGAGACGCCGUCUUUAGUAGAUCAGUGGUGGCGGCUGUCUUAUAGUGCGAAACAAUACGCAAAGGCCGAGAAAUACACCUUCCAACAGGUGGUUGACGCAAUCUACUUUGAGACUAAGAACCCGUUGCUCGUGUAUGCUACAGAAGACGCAAUCAAUACGCCUGUGUCACCGCUUUCAGACGCCCUAUUACGGUUCGCAAAGGCCGAGAACAAGAUUUUCAGGCAAGAAUUGAACCAGGAAACCACGGAGGAAGUGGCCAACUUGAGAAACACAAACAUGUCGCCAAUUUCGCCGUCCAAGAGGAAAUACCGGUCAGGCAGCGUCGAUUCUAUGGCAACCAACCGAGCUUCAUUGGGCAACAGCGAUACAAACUCGCGCGCCGGGGACUUUGAGACGGAUCCAUUCGGCGACGGAGACGGCACCAUGGACACGGAAAUGACCGAUCUGUCGACCAGGCAAAGUACUACAGAGACACAAAACUCGAGUCUAGCCCAGGUCAUGUACUCUAGUGAGACGCAAGAUAAGGCACGAGGAGGUUACGACAUCAACGGGCCAGGUAUGGGACAGGACGGCCUUUGGACCAGUGCUCCCACGGACGACGUCACAGAGAUUAGUCGUACAGUGACGCCAGACGUAGACGUGGAAGAGCCAGCCAAGGGGCCCGAGAUGCAGGAACGCAGCGGAAGCGGGGCCGGAUCGCCAUUCAUGGCUAGACACUCGAUUUAUGGAACGGCACACGACCCCAGAGAUGAGCAAAAGACGAUAAAAAUGAUGGAUAUGGAGAUUCCCGAUGAGCAUCAGUAG